AUGGAGGACUCUCCGGAGGUGUCGAUUCAGAAGCAACUUUUUCUAUCCCUGCAGAAUCUGACAAGACAGAAAAUCAUCGAUUCACCCCUUCACCAAGCAGCUCGUCUUUCUCAUAACCAUUCUUCCUACAAUGAAGAUUAUUCGUUUGAUUUCCUGAGUGCUUUAAAAGAGUGUUCGCCAAUCAGUUUUACAGCAUUCGUUGGAAGUAAGAUCACUUCGGAACUGCAUUGGUACAAUACAUUCGUACCAAGAGACACAAAGCUUCAGGAUGACUAUACUUAUAAAUACAAUCAGCAGAUACGUAAGGAAAUCGUGGGAUGUAUUUCAUCAUUUGUAGUCUCAACUACUGUCUUACUAGUUAUUUUCUACAACAUAUGGAGCAGCCUAUUAUCAGUUAUCAAUGUUCAGCCACUGCAAAAAGAACACGAUCACCACAUUUCCAUCUGGCUGUCCUUGCUCGGGUUGUUCGGUUUUAUGGUGCUUGUUUGUGCUGUAGCUGCAAUGAUUCUUGUUGGUGCGGUAUUCACUCGAACGCAGAAAGUUAUGCUUAUCAAUUGGGUCGUUUUGAUGCAUCUUCAAUCAGCUAACUCAAUCAUCGAAGUUUUUGUUACAUUAAUCGGUGGAGUUUUCAUGGGGUGGUAUGCUUUUGGAGAAAAGCAACCACCAAAUGAAGUGAUAUGA